ACGACUGAGCCACCCAGGCACCCCUACGCUUAGAGAACUUAAAGAGUUUGUCAUACGUAGCUUUGUUGCACAAGACCAGGUCAUUGAGCAUGCCCCGAACCAUGCCUUUGGACCGUUUCUUUUUGGCCUUGCCCCCAGAUCUGCUCACUAGGUCUUUGUCUUUCUUGGCUGACUUUCCUGCAUCUUUCUUCUUCUUGUCCUUGGGAGGCAUCGUGAAGCUCGGAGAUCAGCGGCCACACUUACAGCCUCACUAAGAUGUCGGACAAAAAAUGGAGCUGUCCUGUUUCUUAAAGGCCCAUCUCUGUUUUGCUGUUGAGCCAUCUGUUCUCGGUGUCAACAGAAUGAAUUUGGAUAUCCUGGGCUGCAGGAGUUCAGGGGAGGCCAAGAGCUUCAGGGGUAGAGAGAUCAGGGAAGGCUGCCUGGAAGAGGAGAAGGAGCAGGAGGAAGAGACCUGUACCCCUUGCCCUAGAAGGUAGAGAGAGGCAGUGGUGACGCUGACUCAAGGAUGCUUGUCCCCUGUGGCCUGCCCUUUGGUUUAUGAUGGCCACCUCAGCAGAACCAACCUUUGCCCCCAAGUAAGUUCCCAUCACAUGGGUGGAGACUCCAGGCCAUCUCAGAAGUCACUGGCUUGCCGAGGACCUGUAGCAGUCCUGUGUUCGCAGCCUCGAGAACCAUGGGGACAGGCCCACGCAGCCAGUCCCUGCGAGGACCACGGCCCACCUAUGGCAAACUCCAGGAGCCCUGGGGGAAGCCUCUACAGAGCCGACUGCGCCGGGCGCUGAGCCUCAGACAGGGACAUGAGGAGUCCAGGCCCUCAAUCGGAGGCCCAGAAAGGCUGGACAUGCCCGGUCAGGAGUGGCUGCCAGGGGGCCCGGAGGACACGGAGCAACUGAUCCAAGCCCAGCAAGGAGACAGCCGGCGGUGGCUGAAGCAGUAUCAACAGGUGAGGAAAAGGUGGAAGAGCUUUGUCUCCAGCUUCCCUGGUGUGACCCUGAGCCGGCCGGCCUCCCCACAGCCCCCUCUGGGCACCACCAGCUAAGGAUGUUGGAAGUGGUGUUGGCCCCUGCUGCACCCAGAUGGACUGGCCAUGCCUGCUGACCUACCUCUUCGCGGCCCCCUGGACACCCCUGCGUGGACUGCUCCUACAUUCCUUACAUGGUGCCCCGAGGCCUCUGCCACCAGCUCACCCGAGGGUCCUGUGAUUGCCCCUCGGCCCUGGUCCUCCACUCCAAGGCUGGCUUGCCACAAAGACCCCAGAAGGGCUGAGAAGAAGGGGGCUCAGUUCUGUUUCCUGGUGGAUUCUGCCCUCUGGGCAUGGGGGCACCCCUGGACAGUGACAUGUGUGAGGGCCUUAGAAACCUGCCUAGAAGUAAGGGUAUUGAGAGCAUGGGCCACACAAGACCAGUCAUGGACUUCCAGGACAGAGCUCAGUGAAGCCAGACCGACGGCUGAGGGGCUCUCGCACAUUGCCUGCCCACCACCCCCCUGCCAUGCCCCACCUGCCAGCAGCUAGUGGUGGGCAAGGCUUGGGUCUCCCUCCCUGACAGCAAGCCCCCCAGGGGCAAGGACUGAGUCAGGGAGGUCGUCAGUACCAGAGCUCUGUGGCUGAAAUGUAUAUGGUCACUUGUAUCCUCACAGUGUCGCAGUGAAGGAAGCAGGGGAAGCCUUCCCUCCCUGUGUGACAGAGGUGGAAACUGAGGCCCAGAGCGAGGAAGGAAUUACUGUCUUUGGGACCCCUGGCCCCACCCCCACCCAGCUCCCAACCUUGCGGCUGA